GCCUUUUUCAAUAUUUUUUUGUCUGCUGCGGCCGCUUUUUCCUUUUACCUAUGCAUGUUUUCUUUUGACAUUGAUGAGUGGAAAGAAUCAAACUAGAUCGACGACUCGAUCGCAAAGACAACCGAGCAAUCGUCUAUUGGACGGAUUCUCUUCCUCUUCCCCGGCCCGUCCCCUCGAAGACUUGAACCGCACCGAACUUGCGGAACUCCGAGACCGCAACCGUCGCAUGCUCGACAAUCCAUCAUUGCUUCAAACCUUACCCGACAAAGGCGCCAAACUCAAAGACGUCAAUGCUCGAAUCGAAAAGUUGCUAAGCACUGACGCCAACGAGGACGAAUAUCAGCGUCCCGACAUUCGACAAAAAACCGUCGAUUCCGCCAAUGCCAAAGCAAAACAACUCGACUCAGGUUUGCACACUCAAAGCUCUACAUCGACCAAAGAGACCAGCGAAGGUAGCACCGGACAACAACAGACGCGCGUGCGCAUGAUGGGCCUGGAUGAAUCGGUUCGUCUUCAAGAACUUCAACUUCAGCAAAUAAAGGUAUGGUCUUCACUUGACAGAUGUUGGAAAAGGAAAUUACGACACUUACCUUAUGCAUCCAGGAGGAGAACAUGAAGAAACAAAUGGAAGGUAUCCAAUCAGAGGCAGGCAACGACGAUGAAGCGAAUGAACUAAGCGCCACAUUUGGACGGUUACGCCUUGGGCAUAAUGAUUCUACGGAUGAGGAUGAAACGACCGAUGAAGAUUCUGAUGAAGAGAGGGAUUCUGUGUACGAAAGUGAAGAAGAUGAGG